CCUUGGACCUCCGAAAACAAACCGACUUCUGAGUCCAUAUUACAAAACCGAACUCGUUGUAUCUUCUCUCUCUCUCUCUCUUUGCCAAUUGCCGUAUCUCUGUUUCUCUCCAAUUCAUCGACUUUCUCUUGCUGUCUUUCGAAUCUCAGAGAACAAUACAGGGUUGAGUUUGUUCUUUCGGAUUUCAAGAUGCCAGCAACAGCAGGUAGGGUUCGUAUGCCCGCGAACAAUCGGGUGCACAGUAGUGCUGCCCUACAGACUCACGGUAUAUGGCAGAGUGCCAUUGGGUAUGACCCUUAUGCUCCCAAUAAGGAAGACAACAAGAGCUCCCAGCAGAAGUCCUCUACCACAGAACCGGAAGGUGAGAAUGCGUAUGCCAGCUUCCAGGGAUUGCUCGCACUAGCCCGUAUAACUGGUUCUAAUGCUGAUGAGGCUCGUGGAGCCUGCAAGAAGUGUGGGCGUGUUGGGCAUCUCACCUUUCAGUGUCGGAAUUUUCUUAGUGUUAAGGAUGAUAAUAAGGAUAAAGACCCGGAUGCAAUUGAGGCAGCAGUUUUGUCGGGGUUGGAUAAGUUGAAGGGUAAUGGGGGUAGGAAUAAAACUGCAGCUGAGAGCUCAGAGGAAAGUUCCGAGGAGGAGGAGAGCGAGAGUUCAGAUUCUGACUAUGAUUCCGAAAUUGAGAAGGCUAUUGCGAAUAAGUAUGGAAAGAAGGGUAGUGGCAAAUUGAACUCAUCAAGAAAGAAGAAAAAGGAUUCGGAUGAUGAUGAUGAGUUAGAUUCUAGGGAUAGGAAGAAAAGGGGUAGGUCAAAGAAGAGGAGAAGUGGAAAGAAGUCACAUACUGAUUCUGACAGUGAGUAUGAAAGUGGGAGAAAAAGAAGGAAGGAGAAGAGGAGGAGGAGGGAUGAGUCAUCAGAUGAGGAUGAUGAGCGACGAUAUCGGAGGAGGAAAAGUAGGAAGGACAAGAGGAGGAGGAGGAGUCAUCAGCAUUCUGAUGAUUCAGAUGCAUCUGAAGACUCUGCCAGAAGACGCAAGCGGAAGAGCAGGAGGGCAGCUUCACCAUCUGUUUCUGAUGUUAACGGCUCAGAAGAUUCUUGGGUUGGCAGAGACAGAAAGCGUUCUGAGAAGAGGAGCAGGAAACACCGUCAUGAAGAGGACUAGUAAUUUUCUGGAAGGGACCUUGGAGCAUGAAUUUGAUAAUAUCUUGGUAUUUUAUCUUGGAUGACCAAUGGCAGACAGACUAAACUUGUAUCAGCUAUUUAUCUAAAAUUCUUAGUGCGUAUGUUUCUAUUUCCGAAUAGACAUGUGUUCAGGUGUUUGACAUGUUAUAUUAUAACUGACUUGUUUUCUAUUUGAAUUGAAGUAUGCUUUCCGUAUUGAAUGUUUUAUUACAAGACUACAUAUAUUUUAGACGGUUAUAAAUAUGAUUUUUACAAUAUUUGGAGUGGA